CCGCCGCAGCAGCCCCCGGCACCGCAGCCGCCGCAGCCGCCGCCCCAGGCGCAGCCCCACCUGGUCCCCGUGUCUCUCAGCAGCCUGAUCCCGGGCAGCCCUCUGCCCCACGUGGGGGCCGCCCUCACCGUCACCACCCACCCGCACAUCAGCAUCAAGUCAGAGCCGGUGUCCCCCAGCCGCGAGCGCAGCCCCGCGCCGCCCCCCCCAGCUGUGUUCCCGGCCACCCGCCCUGAGCCUGGUGACGGCCUCAGCAGCCCCGCCAGCGGCUCCUACGAGACGGGGGACCGGGACGACGGCCGGGGGGACUUCGGGCCCACGCUGGGCCUACUGCGCCCGGCCCCGGAGCCCGAGGCCGACGGCUCCACCGUGAAGAGGAUGCGGCUCGACACCUGGACAUUAAAGUGAUGAUUCCCACCCCCUCCUCUCAGCCUCCCUGAUGAAGAGUUGACAAUCUCACCGCCCACCCCUCCCCGCCCUGGGCUCCUCCCGCUCGACCCCCACUUCCUUUUGUGCUCCGUGUCCUGUUGACGGUUACAUUUGUGUAUAAUUAUUAUAUUAUUAUUAUUAUUAUUA